AUGGGUCGGUCGAGGUGGAGCGGCCUUGCACCAUGGCUCGUCCUAGGGUGCGCUGCAUCCGGCGCCUGGGCGGGCAAGAAGCCCUUCAAUAUCCACGAUGAUCUGCUGGCCUAUCCACAGUAUCAAGUGCUUUUUCCUGAAGAAUACAUCCUGGAUUCCCAGGCCGAAGAGCUGCUUCGAACACACGCCACCCCCGAAGCCGACCAGUCGAGCACCGAGCAGCAGAACAACCCCCAAGUGUAUACGGGAAAGCAUCAUGUCGAUGGUACUACACAAGGAAGCGAAGAUGUCACCCUAUCUGCAUACGACUAUGAAGAAAUGAUUCUAGACGACCGGCGGCUCCUCUGCCAGAUACCUCGCGUGACCAAGGACGAUGCCAAUGGGACGACCGGCAACCCAGCGGACGAAACAGAUGAACAGAAGGAACUAGCUCGUGCCACCGAUCGUGGCCUUGAACUUCUCCGUGAGAUGGAGGGCCAGUGCAUGUACUAUUUCUCCGGCUGGUGGUCAUACUCCUUUUGCUACCGAAAGCAGAUCAAGCAGUUCCAUGCUCGUCCCGCUGGCAGUGGGAUCCCCCACUACCCGCCCGUGGAAGAUCCCAACACACAUUCGUUCAUCCUAGGUCGAUUCCGCGAAGACACGAGCGAGGACGCGAAAGAGGACAAGAAGCAAACGCACACGGCCCAGACCGAGGUGGCGGAACUCCGCUCCAAGGGUGGUUCCCGCUACUUAGUGCAGCAUCUACGCGGUGGCACCAAGUGUGAUCUGACUGGCCGCGAACGCAAGGUUGAGGUCCAGUUCCACUGCCACCCACAGUCAACGGACCAGAUCGGCUGGAUCAAAGAACUGACGACCUGCUCCUACUUGAUGGUUAUCUACACCCCGCGUCUUUGCGACGACGUUGCUUUCCUGCCGCCGCAGCAAGACGAGGUGCAUAACAUCAAAUGUCGCGAGAUCUUGAUGCCCGAGGACGUUCCAGAAUGGGAGGCUGUCAAGGAGUGGUACCUGGCCCAUCAAUUGGCCGAUGCUGCCGCUGCCCCCACUGAGGUGCAGACCGUCGGGGGGAUUGUCGUUGGUGGCCAGCAGCUGGUAGGGAUGGCCGGCAAGGAGAUUGAGAAGGGUCGGGUGGUCUCCUCGGGCGAAGAGCGAGUGGAAAUUGUUGCCCGGAGCGAGAACGGUGAGGUGCGGCACAUGUCCAAGCAAGCGAUGAAGAAGUACGAUAUCGACCCGGAGAGGCUCGAGGAUAUGAAGAAACGGCUCGAUAAGCUCGCGGAGGGCAAAGAUUGGACCUUGGAAGUGGUGGAGAGCAACGGCGUCAUUAAGUUCCAGGGUGUGGUUGAUAAGGGGGAUGAAGAUGAGAACGAGGAAGAUGCUAAGUCGUCUUCCCCGCAACAGAAACAGCACUCCAAGGGGAAGGACGAGACUGCCCCUUCAGCCGAUACCGAUGAUGCCGGGACCUCGGAGCCCAAGCAGGCCGAGUCUGAAGCAGCGGAGGAUUCGAAACGGCGCCGGCAGACUUCUGAGGAAGAACCGGAGGACUCCGCAGGCAGCGAGGAAACCUUCAAAGAUGAGCUAUGA